AUGAAGGAGCAAGAUGAUGGGCAGCGUGGUCUCUUCGAGGGGGAUCAUAAUGCUGUUGUGCUGGAUGGAGUCUUUGUUCUUGCCCAUUCUAUCGUCAAUGAGAUCUCGAACCUUGACCCAAACGACUUACCUGGAGAGUGGACCCCCAACCAUCUCACGAUGAUACGUUGUGCUACCGAACAAGAGUAUCUCGCGCGAGAGACAGUGAAUGCAAAGCACCGCAAUGACGAUGUGAAGAACAAAUUCACUCACAUUGAAGAAGUGGAAUACUUCAUUGCGGGGAACUUGGAGUGGCUGCUCCAGGAAUCAAUGGACACAAUGCAGUGGCAAGAGGGCCGCAGGCUUUGCGAUGAGAGCUUAGAGUACUGUGCUACCUCUGGUGAAGAAACUUCUUUUCAGCAUAGCCAAUUGCACAGCAUCAGGGAAAGCUGGGAAUCUGCACUCGUUGGCAAGUCACUCCUUGCAGCAGAGGCCGCGGCUGACUUCUACAUGUGUCGAAUCGCUCAACCGGCUCGAAAGGCUCUGGAAGCACCAGCGGCAGAGUCAAGGCGAAGUUCGGCAGUCUUCUUGAUGCUGAGCGAGAAUCUCAUCAAAUUUCCGAGGCGCUGUUACCAAGAUGAAUGUAUACCGUGCGCAAAGUGGGCACGCUGCAGAGAAGAGGCCCAACUUUGUAUAUUUGACAAGAGCGAAUUCAGGAUACUGGGAACAAAACAGACGUCUUCCAAAGGAGACGACACGAUCGAACAGUGUUCCGUGUGGCAUUCCCGUGUGCACACUAUUGCGAGGGGGGAGAGACGUAUUCGCAACGUCUUCCACGUUUCCUUGCUAGAACCCUGGCAAGGCCGUAGUGGCAGCGAUAGCGACACUCUGCUGAUGCCUGAACCGGAGGAUAAUGAAGUACGGGAGGCCGGGGAGACAAAAGAUGAGCCACGCUUCGCAUGA